CCCGUGCGCACGCGUACCUGGCUCGACCCUCCCUCUCGCGGGAACUACAAGCCGUGCGUGCGCACCCACGCACGUAGCGACGCGUACGUCCACCUGUCCGCCUUUCAGGCCGCGUAGCAGAGGCCUCUUCCUGGUCCAUCCGCGCCGCGCAGGCGUACGGCCACGCAGAUCGUAGUCGUACCACCCGAGCGUCCCGUCUCCUAGUAACCAGCCGCAGCCCCCUUUUCCACCACUUAAUUCUUAUUCUCUGCCGGCGGUGUAGCACCUAGAUGGAACGCGCAUGCGCAGGGCUGUGUAUCCUCCAGCCUUCUUCCCUCGGCUCUAGGAUACGUGCUGCUCUGCUGCUGCAGCUUUGUGCCAUUUUUCUUAGGGAUCCUACACCGUUCUGGACACAUGUUCAGUGAGUUACUCGGAACGUGUUACUCCCCAGAGCUGCUUUUGAGGGCUGGGAGGUUGGUUAGCUCUCCUGCCGCAGCCAGGCGCCGGUUUUCGGGGAGUCUCCCCGGUGGGGUUCUGCUGCUGCAGCCUCUCGGGAGAGAGCAGUUCUGUUCGGGUGAGCACCGGCAGCCUGCAGCCUGGGGAGCCAGCGGACCCACGACCCGGUCAGCCCUGCACAAUUCAGUCAUGGUUGAAUCGGGAAGUGGCAGGCGCUGAUUCCUGACCGGUAUUCCUUCCCCACAUGUCAGUUCUCUAAAACCCCUUUCCACCAGAUCGUUAACCAAAAAAGUAAAGGGUAUACUACCUCACUUGAUAUUUAAUGUUGUGUCGAUUAUUUUCCUGUGUAAAACCAUUUAAAUUUGUGUUCUCCCAAGUAGGGGCCUUGAGUCUUGGAACACUGUAACUUAACCAGGUGUAAUGUAUUUGGCCAUCCAACUAUGUUAAAAUUAGCCACGUUACCUAAAAGUGGAAAAAGGGCUUUUUAGUGAAAAAGAAUAAGGGUUGCAUUACUCUGCCAAAGUUUUGGAGCCCGGCUUGAAAAAAAAUACUAUCUUUUUAACAUUUCUUAAUAUUAAAUAACUUGUCUUAACCCAAAAAACUUCAGAACUCUAAUGGCUGUAUCUCCCUGCCUUUUCCUACAAAUUAAAUAGGUAACUAGGUUUUUAGGGCUGUUCUCUGAUGUUCAAGUUUUCGCCUGUGUAUUUCAAAAGUAAUUUCACAUUUGAAGAGACAAUUCCUGUUUUUGCCAGAUGUUUCUGAAGAUUCUUUGGGAAGAAUGUAAGGAAAAGGACAUUUUAAGGCCAAACCAGAGCAUGAAGAUUUUCCUUUCUUUUCCUAUCAAGGACUGUUGACUUCGUCCCCCAAUCCAAGAAAGUGAACAUUUUCUUUCCUCUAUGGAAAUCCAAAGAGUGCAAUCAAGUUGAAGAAACAUUUCCACUGCUUAAAGAGAUACCUGCCAACUAUAUUAUUCAGCUCUCCCAAUGGGAUUUUCCCUUAGUAAAUCUGCUACUCAGGUAUCUGCUAUGCGUGUGGAUUCAAAAGUGGACGAUCAUUUAAUGCAAGGGACUGAGAAAAGCAAGUUGGAACCAGUGACUCAGUUAUUUCAAAACAUCAAGAAAAUAAGAUUAGAAAACACAAGCCAAGAAAACUUUACAAGAAGUAAAGAGAUUAGCACAGGAUCUCUUUCAGAGAAAAUCUUGGGUUCUGUAGUAUAUGUUAAAGAAAAUGAUGGAAUAGAAAUGACAGAUGUGGAAUGAAGUUAUUUGUACAUUCUGCCAAAGAAAUUGCUUUUGACUAAGAGAGCAUGUUGAAUGAGAACUUAACCUUAUUAGGAAAACCUAACAAAAUGAAGGAUGAUGAUUGCUUAUUUUUCACUAUUUAUGAAUCACCUUAGACUGCACUUUUUUGAUACAUAUUCAAAACAGUUGUUUUAGGGGAAAAAAAACUUUUCAAAAUUCAAAGCAAAAUUCUCUGGUAUUCUAUCCUUGUCAAAAAUCAGAAUUUUUGAUUAACAGUAUUUAAAUGGUACUAAAACAUUUUAAUUAUAAUGUUUCUCUAACAAGUGAUCAAAAACAGUGCCUGAACAAUUUGACACCUGUAUUUCAUACUAUUUCUAGUGUACCAAUUUUUUAAUAUUUCAAGUUUGGGAUUUUGCUUUAGGGUACUUUAUCUUACUGCAGUUUUGCAUUUCUGUUCUGUAAAAGAUCACUUCACAUAAACCCUGCAAAAGACCAGUAAGUUACAUAUCUUGAGAAGCAUUUCACAUUUUAAAUCAUCCUUUUAAAACUAUUUUUCCCCACAUUGAAUUCAUUUCAGAGUUACAAAAUAGUUAUUUCCAAGUCUAAUGGUUUAUUUUAUUGAUACUACCAUUUUAUACCACCAAUACUUAAUGUAAGAAAAAUAGUCUUGUGUUAAAAAAUUCUUGUUUUUGGAUGGAACUGGAGAGUGUGAUGCUAAGUGAAAUAAGCCAUACAGAGAAAGACAGAUACCAUAUGGUUUCACUCUUAUGUGGAUCCUGAGAAACUUAACAGAAGACCAUGGGGGAGGGGAAGAAAAAAAAAAAAAAGGUUAGAGUGAAAGAGAGCCAAAGCAUAAGAGACUCUUAAAAACUGAGAACAAACUGAGGGUUGAUGGGGGGUGGGAGGGAGUGGAGGAUGGGUGAUGGGGAUUGAGGAGGGCACCUUUUGGGAUGAGCACUGGGUGUUGUAUGGAAACCAAUUUGACAAUAAACUUCAUAUAUUGAAAAAAUAAAUAAACCUAAUAUAUUGAUAAAAAAAAAUUCUUGUUUUAUAGCAUCAGUUUGCCAUUCUUAUAGAAAUGUCUAGUAGUUUGAGACAGCAGUAUUGUCCCAAGUAUUGUUAGAUGAAAGUAAAACCAUUUUGUGUUGACAUAUAGUGACCUUGUAACUAUUUAUAUUAUGUAUGUAUGUAUGUUUUGAACAUUUUCCUGUACUUUAAAAUUUACUGGCUAUCUCUAAUGGCUAAUUGUGAGAAAUUUCCUUAAUAUUCAUAAAAACAAAGAUGAAAAACCAUCUUCUUUCAGGGGAAACUAUUUUAUAAAUCAGAAAAAUACAAAUGUAUUGUAAGGAAUAUUGAUCCUAGAGUUAAAUAAAAUUGUUGAA